UUCGCGCGUGACAGGAUGCAGGGGCGGAGGGAGAGAAAGGAAGGAAGGAAGCAGGAAGUGAAUUCUCGAAAACAAGACCGGGGUCUGAGCAGCUGCCGCGGCCGAGCCAAAGACCCUCCUCCUCCUCCUCGUCGCUGCCCGGCCUGAGGCGCCUCGACAGCCGCCGCCAUGUCAGCCAUGGAGAAGCAUCUCUUUAACCUGAAGUUUGCUGCCAAAGAGCUUAACAGAAAUUCCAAGAAAUGCGAUAAAGAAGAAAAGCUUGAAAAAGCUAAAAUUAAGAAGGCAAUUCAGAAAGGUAAUACUGAAGUUGCAAGAAUACACGCUGAAAAUGCAAUCCGGCAGAAGAAUCAAGCGAUCAACUUCUUGCGCAUGAGUGCUCGAGUAGAUGCUGUGGCAGCGAGAGUUCAAACAGCAGUCACAAUGGGCAAGGUAACAAAGUCAAUGGCUGGAGUUGUUAAAUCUAUGGACGCUACCUUGAAAACUAUGAACUUGGAAAAGAUCUCUGGUUUGAUGGACAAGUUUGAACAGCAGUUUGAAACCUUAGAUGUUCAGACGCAGCAGAUGGAAGACACAAUGAGUAGUACGACCACGCUAACGACACCACAGAAUCAAGUGGAUCUGCUUCUGCAGGAAAUGGCCGAUGAAGCAGGCCUUGACUUGAAUAUGGAGCUACCUCAAGGACAGACGGGAUCCGUUGGCACAAGUGUUGCUUCAGCAGAACAGGAUGAGCUGUCACAAAGAUUGGCCCGCCUUCGUGAUCAAGUGUAACAGGAAGACUCGGUUCUGCCGUUCUUCGUGUAUGCUUCCAAAGCAUUCUGUGUACAUAAUGAGGAUCUCCGUGUCUAACACCUCUGGAUAUUUAACUAGCGUACUAAAGAGUUCUUGUCUUUGUCUUGCCACGCUUUCUAAAAUACAUUAAGCAACUCAAAAGGUGGUGUUAACCCUUCGGUGUGUGUGCUUGUGUGUGGUUUUCUAGUUCAGUACAGCACACUUUUCCCCAGUGGAGGGUUAUAUUUUUGCAAAUAUUCUUUUUGAAGGUCCUAACGGAAAUCUUUACCAAGCUAAUGUCAGAUCAUCCAAUUAAAAGGAAAGCUGCACCCGUAAGAUACAUGAUUUUAAAAUUAUGUAACAGGGUUUUAAAUUUAUGAAUAAGGUCUGUGGUUGAGUGACUGAGGUGGUGUAUGCUAGCCAAAUGAUCAUUACACUUAAUGCUUAAGGAACAUGACCAGACCAGGUGGACAGAAUGGUACAUUUGAUAUAUGCUGUGCCUAUGUGUAUAUUCUUUAAACCCUCCUGGAUCAUCUGCCUUUGGCAUGGUAGAACAAGCAUACUUGUAGCAAGGCUUAAAAUGAUAGUAGUCCAGGCUGUCAUAACUGGAACCUUCUGUCGGUAUCGUCACUUCAGUUCCGAAGGAAUAAAAUAUAUUUUUCAACACUC